GAUGUGGGAGGUGAAAUAGGAGGAGACAGAGAAUGGGGGAGGAAUUUGUGGAAGCAUAGACUGUACAGCAGAGAGGUGCAGGUUUGCAGCGUGGGGCUCUGGUUUGUGAUGUCUCUCCUUGUGUUCUUGUAGUUUGGCGAUCCUUGCCUGGGGCUUCUGAGGAGCAGUACGAGUAGGGGAGAGAAGCCAAAGGGUCGAAAGCAGCAGUGGAAGUCACACGUAGCACAGCCUUUCGUCCAAAGCCUGGAACUGUUUUGCAAAAGCCUCUUGGAACCAUGGCCACUUCUCCCUGCAGCAGCAGUGGGGUCUCCUCUUCGUCUUCUUCUGGCUUCAGCAUUGAUACGGGAUUGGAAAUUAAGACCAAAUCUGUGGAGCAGACUCUGAUCCCUUUGGUGUCUCAGAUAACAACACUUAUUAACCAUAAAGAGAAACCAAAGAAAUCAGAGAAGACUUUGCAGGCAAUCCAAAGGGUAGGCCAUGCUGUUAACCAAGCUGUGGGACGGUUUGUGGCUGUGGGAGAAACGAUUGCCAAUGAAAACCGUGAGCUAAAAGAGGAAAUGGGCUUUGCCUGCAGUGAGGCUAGACGAGCUGGAGAGACUAUUGCACAGUUGACAGACAUGAACAUCAGUGAGCGUCCGGAUCCAGAUGGAUGUACUACCAUUUUCACUGAUAAGAUAGGAGUGGUAAAAGCUGCCAGGCUCUUGCUUUCUUCUGUUACCAAAGUGCUGGUUUUAGCCGACAGGAUUGUCGUUAAACAAAUUAUUGCUUCCAGGAACAAGGUUCUUGCAACAAUGGAGCACCUUGAAAAAGUGAGCAGCUUCCAGGAGUUUGUACAGAUAUUUAGUCAGUUUGGCAUUGAAAUGGUGGAAUUCGCCCAUCUAACAGGAGACAGACAAAAUGACCUAAAGAAUGAGAAGAAGAGGGCAAGUAUGGCAGCAGCAAGAGCAGUACUCGAAAAAUGCACUAUGAUGUUGUUGACAGCCUCCAAGACUUGCCUACGGCACCCUGAUUGUGAAUCUGCCCGUUUUAAUAAAGAAGGUGUCUUCCAAAGAAUGAGACUUGCAUUGGAGCAGGUUGUAGAAAUUGUAACUGAUUCUCGGCCAAACGGGGAAUGUGAAAUAGUUCCAAUUAGUAUAUAUACUGGAAUCAAAGAAUUCAAGAACAAAAUUGAGGGACUUCGAGAUAACCUUUAUUACCUCUCCAAAGAAAAUGUCUCCACUAUGUUAGAAGUCAUUUUAGAGCAUACAGAAGAUUUUACAGACUCUGCUUACACCAGCCAUGAGAACAGAGAGCAUAUUCUGGAACUCUCUAACCAGGCCAAGAAAGAGUUAGAACAGCUCGUUUCAGUGUGGAUGCAAGCUCAAGCACAAAAAACAAAGGAUAUUAUGGAAGAUUUGGAACUGGCUAUUCUGAAGAUGUGUCAGUGUAUUACAGAGCUGAAACGAGAACUUCACAAUGCAGCUACAGUCCUGGCAGCAGACCUGCUAAAACACCACACAGAACACAUGGUCCUAAAAGCUCUAAAGAUUGCUGGUACGGAGGGAAACUUGGAGGCAGUGGCAGAAUAUACCUGCAAGCUAACAGAACAGAAGGAACAACUUGUAGAAACAUGCAGGCUGUUGAGACAUGUUUCAGGCACAGAACCUCUAGAAAUCACUUGCAUUCAUGCAGAAGACACCUUUCAUGUGUCUGGCCCACAGAUUGUGUCUGCAGCAGAAACAUUGGCUCUUCAUCCAACCAGUAAAAUAGCUAAAGAAAACCUGGAUGUUUUUUGUGAAGCCUGGGAGUCCCAACUCAAUGACAUGUCUGUUUUGCUGCGGGAAAUUAAUGAUGUGUUUGAAGGAAGACGAGGAGAAAAGCGUGCCUAUCUUUCACUUCCAAGACCAGGGGCUACUACUACUGGCCUGAUUGACCAAGGGAUCUUCUUGAUAACUUUGAACAUUUUCUAUCAUCAAAGAGGUCUCAAGAAACAUCAAACAAAACACAAUUCAAAUCUGAAAACUUUAAAGCCAGUGAAGCUUGAUGUUGAGGAACAGGGAAAAAUUGCCAAGUUGGGACUAGAAGUGCGCUUGCUUAGUUCAGAUGUGGACUCUGAAGCAGAAAAAUGGGAAGACCAAGAGAAUGAAGUGGUCAGAAAUGGACAAAGUAUGUCCAGCAUGGCCUACACUAUGUACUUAUUUACCAGGGGUGAAGGUUUGCUGAAGACCACACAAGAUUUAUUUCACCAAGCAGAGGUAUUUGCUACAGCUGGAUUAAAGUUUUCCUCAGUUCUUCAUGCAUUUUCAAACCAGCUUGAAGAUGAUGAUAAACCUUUGCUCCUGCUGGAAAUAGAGAAGCUUAUCCCGCUGAGUCAGCAGCUACAGAUAACAGCCAGGACACCCGUACAGGGAAAAACUGCCACUUUCACCAAGGUUGACACAUGUAUUCAGAAGUCAAAAGCUAUGAUGAUUAUAGUAUUGCAAGUCCUUCCAAUCUGCUGGAAGUUACAGAGGAAGUGCAAAACAGGUAAUGGAUGUUUCCAAAGUUCUCCAUCUUGGAGGGAAAACUGUCUUCAAAAUAUUACAAAUGAAGACAGCAUGGAGGGCAGAACUGUAGAAGCAUUUGGAGUUAAAUCAUUGGAACACCAUGUGGCUAAUCUGACAUUUCUAGAGAGCAAGUAGCCAUUUCUAUUUUAACAGAAGUGUAAAUGAAAAGGAUAGUGGAAGCAAAGCAUCAUUAUACUGUAAAGGGCAAGAGCCAGACUAAGGAUGUGAACAUCAGCAUUUUUUUUCCUUCUUCUUUUGUUAUUGGUACCACAAUCAGUCAUUAAGAAUUGUUUGUGUUCCGUUCAGCUCAUUACUGCCGUUAUAUGGAUAUCAUUAUUUGUUAAAAAUGUCUUAAUGAAAACCUUAACCCAAAGAUGCUGCUAUUGUUUGUAUAAUUGUGAUAUGCAGAAACAAACUUUAUGAAAUUGCUGUUACACAAGUUGCUGUCACCAUUUCCAAUACUUACUGGUUGGUUUUUUCAAGUGUAAUGUAUCUGUUUACCUGUAUCAGGACAAUACGUCAUGGUCUAAAAGCACUGGUUGCCCACUCCCUUACAGGCAAGUGCCACUUCUAUAUGCACAACACAGCACACUCCAUUCACAACUUGUUCUGCUGCCACCUGUCAUUCAUUUUAGAGUUUGCUGCUGGAAUCUUUACAUUCAUUGAAGCAGAGAACUAUUUUUGGUUACAUAUAAAAAAGCUUGUGGAUCCCUUGUGAGGUUUUUGCUGCGGGGAGAUGAAGAUGAGGAUGAUGAUUAAAUUGUCAAUCUCUUGUGAAGCUCUUCCUACUUUCAGAUAUGCUGGUCUCAAGAUUAUUUUACUUUUCUUUGUAAGAGUUGAGAUGCAUGUAAAGAAUCAAAACACUCAAAUGUAUCUUUUCCUCAGAAUGUAAACCAUAUUUAAGUUUCAUGAAAAUGUAGUUUUUUACAUUAACAUUUACAAUGUAAGAUUCUAUUUUUAAAAUAAAAUUCUAAUGAAUCUUU